AUGUCUCAAAAUAUGAGUAGCAGUAUUUAUAUAAACAAUUUCAAUAUGCAAAAUGAUUUAGUAAGUAUAAUUUUAGAGGAUUGUAUAAAAGAAUGGUUCCCAUUUUUAAAUGACCAUGAAGAUGGAAAGCAUGAGAAUAGGAUGAAGGAAAAACGGGAAGAAGGAGACGAUGAUGAAAGUAUAAAUAAAAUAGAGAAAGAAAAUAUAAAGGAUGAAAUUAUAAAAUUAAAAAAAUUUUAUAAAGGUGUAAAAUCAACUAAUUUUCCUUUAAAAAAAUUAUAUAAAUCUGAAAGAAAUAUCUUUAACUUAAAUAAUGAGCAAGAUGAUGAAGACAUUUUUUUUAAUUCGGAUGGUGUGUAUAUGGGCAUACUAAGAGAAAAUGAUAAAAAUCAGGAUAAAGACAAUUUUUAUAACAUUAAUAAUAAGGAGUUUGAGAGCCAAAGUUUUAAUGAUAAGCGUGGAAAUACAAAGUUUUAUGAUUGCAUAUUUACAGAAGACGAUGAAAAAAAUAAUAAACUAUCCAAAAAAAUGAGUAGCGAAGAUGAAUAUAUACAAGAGUUUAUAAAUCAAGAAAAAAGUGAAACUAUUCAGGAAUGGGAAAAAAAUAAAAAAAUAAAAAAUGGUGUUAAAUAUGAUAUAAAAAAUAAUAAUCAGAGUUAUGAUCGAAGUCGAUAUAAUUCUGAAAGUGAUAGUGUAUUACUUAAACGAAAAAAAGGAAAUGAUAUAAAAGGAGAAGAUGAUAUUUUUUUGAAUGUAAAAGAAUAUGAUACUGGUAGUGUAAAAAGUGAAAAAAAUUAUCAACCCAUAGAUAAAAUCGACAAAAACAAAUUUAAAGCAAACACAUUAGAUAAUAAAAAUAAUUUUAUAAAUAAAUAUUCAUGUAAAGAAAAAGAAAUGUGUAUUAGUAAAGUAAAAAAUUUUAAUUAUGUAAAUGAAAUAGACAUAAAAAAAGAAAGUAGAGAAUCGAGUUUAAAUAUUAUGAACGAGUCAGGUAAAUCCGUAAUGGAUAAUGACGGGGAAACACCGUUUAAUAAAAAAAGUAUAAGCACAAUUAUACAAGAAAUAAAAUUUGAAGACAGUAAAGAAAAAAACUAUUCUAUGGAUUCAUAUGGAAGUAUUUAUUUAAAUACAUGUUUAAAAGUUCUAAAAGUUGAUAUAAAUUAUUUUAUAAUUCCUAAAGAUAUAGGAAAUGAAGAAUUAUUAUAUGAAAAAAAAAAAAUUAAAGAAAUUUUAAAACUUUAUGAUAAAUUAUUUUAUAACUAUUUUAAGUUUAUUCCAAAUAAGUUUUAUAAAGAAACAUUGAGACCUAUUUAUUCAUACUAUCAAAAUUUGAAAUCUACGAUAGGUUUGGGGACACCCAAUUCUUCGCUAGAUUUGACAUCAAGGAGGUCGUGUUCUAUAAGUAAAAAUUAUGAAAUUCGGUCAAGCAGCACGCCCAAGGCCCACAGUGAGGAGGGUAAUUCAGUAAAGGGGAAAACACAAGAGCAUAUGGAAUAUACAAAUUUAGGGAGUUUCUCUAAUUUGAUUAAUGACAUGAAUGUUAAGAAAAUAUUGGUGGAUGUAGAUGAGAGUACAGAUAUUAGUCAUAUGGAAAAUGAUUAUAAAUUUUUAUAUAAUGAUUUAGUAAAAUUAAAAAAUUUACUUAUAAAAAAACGGAACUAUAAAAAUAUUUUAUUUGAUUAUCAAAAACGGUUUGUCCAAUUAAAUAACAGAUGUGUCAAAACAUAUAAGGAUAUAUAUCCAGUUGAAAAAGAAUAUAAAAUAUAUACACAAAUAAAAAAAGAAACAGCAGAAGUGAUUAAUUCGAUUAAUGCAAAUUAUAAAAAGUACUAUUCAGGGAAAUAA